CGUUCUUCGCCAGACGACCUCGGCGCACAACAUGGCCACUAUAACUGCUUUGGCGCCGACGGCGGCAGGGAACGGAACUUUCAAAGCGAAAACCAAGAAUCAACUGCGUCGACUCAAAGCUAAGCAGAAGAAGGCGACGUCAGAAACACCGGAGCCCAAUGGUCAAUCAAAUACGGAGCAGACGACCCCGCCCGCAAAGGAAGAGUCGGCGGAGAACGUGGAGUACGUGUCUGAGCAGUUGGAUGUCAAGGACCCUUCCCUUGAAGCAUUUUCCGACGUCUUUGCUCGCUUUCAGCUACCUCAGGAUAUGGCCGCAGACUCGAAGGAAAGGAUAGAUACCAAAGGAGAAGUCAUCUAUUCCGAUGACGAUAUGGCGUCCGACGAGGACAACUCGGACACGGAGGGCGAGAAGAAGCCUUUGUCAAAGAAGAAGCAACGGAAGAUGAAUCGUCUUACGGUCGCGGAACUGAAGCAACUCGUGAAGAAGCCUGAGGUCGUCGAAUGGACUGAUGUGUCCGCCGCAGACCCUCGGUUACUCCUGCAUUUGAAGAGCUACAGAAAUACUGUACCCAUACCUCAACACUGGAGUGCCAAGCGGGACUACCUUCAAGGCAAACGCGGUAUCGAAAAGCCGCCGUUUCAGUUGCCGUCGUACAUCGCUGACACCGGUAUCGCGACAAUGCGAGAUGCGGUGAAGGAGAAGGAGGCGAACAUGUCCUUGAAGCAAAAGACGCGGGAACGAGUGCAGCCAAAGAUGGGCAAGGUCGACAUCGACUACCAAAAACUUCACGACGCAUUCUUCAAAUUCCAAACGAAACCUCCCGUGACGACCUUCGGAGAGAUGUACUACGAAGGCAAGGAGUUCGAGACAUCGCUCAAGGAGAAGAGACCUGGUGAGCUUUCGCCAGAGCUUGUUGAAGCUCUGUCGAUCCCUCCGCUCGCUCCACCGCCGUGGCUCAUCAGCAUGCAACGGUUUGGGCCUCCGCCAAGUUAUCCUACACUUCGUAUACCGGGUUUGAACGCACCGAUCCCUGAAGGAGCACAAUGGGGUUUCCACCCAGGUGGAUGGGGAAAGCCACCCCUGGACGAAUACAAUCGUCCGUUGUACGGCGACGUCUUCGGUGUGUUGCCGAAGACUAACAACGACGGCAUGGGCGAGCCGGUGGACAAAGAACCGUGGGGCGAGUUGGAACCCGAAGAGGAGGAGGAAGAGGAGGAAGAGGAAAGCGAGGAAGAGGAGGAGGAGGAAGAGUCGACACCAGCGCCUGCGGAUGGUCUGCAAACACCAUCAGGACUAGAAACGCCGUCGGGCAUGGCGAGCGUUGUCUCAACUGUCGCUGGUGGCCUCGAGACUCCUGACUUCCUCGAACUCCGCAAAAAUGCUGGCAGAGCACAAUCAGAGAGCAACGACGGCCCUCGGUCACUUUAUCAGGUUGUGCCGGAGAAGCAGACGUCGGUUCGUGGUUUGAUGGGCAGCGAACGCGGUUACGACGUCAGUGGCGUCUCGGGCGCAGCCAACGCAAAUAUUCCGGUUCUCGGAGAUGAGCGGGGCAAAAAGCGCAAAGCCAAUGGUGUGGAUGUCUCGAUCGAUGCGUCGGAACUGGAGGGUAUGUCAGAGGAAGAUUUACGCAGGAAGUACGACGCACACUCGAGAGGGAACGCGGGCGUACCGGGAUCGAAGGAAGACUUUUCGGAUCUGGUUGCGCAAGAGACCGUAAAACGACAGAAAUUGGAGAGGGAGCGACAGCAAAGGAGAUCGACCAAGGACAAGGAGUUCAAGUUCUGAUGCCAGAUCUAUUUCCUUACGCUAUUGAUGGAUCGAGCGAGUUCGACUAUGUACUUACUGUAUGCUUUCCUCUUGAUAUGUAUCGGCCGCAGUGGCCACUGGCGAG